UACCGCCCCCAUCAUAGAAAAAUUCCAUCCUUUUCUCCAUUUUUAACUUGUUCAAGAUUUUAAACAAGGCGGUUACCGAAGAGCGAGCGGUGGUGAGAUUAGGAGCCUAGGCGGUUACCGAAGAGCGAGCGGUGAUGAGAUUAGGCGCCUAGGCGAUUACCGAAGACCAAGCGGCGGUCAGAUUAGGCAGUUACCGAAAAGCAAGCGGUGGCGAGAUUAGGCAGUUACGGAAGAGCAAGAUCCAGCGGCAAAAUCAAACACUGAGAAGAUCCAACGGCAGAAUCAACCCGUUGGAACGUGGCCACGUCUGUUCGUUGAAGAUAAUGGUGUUAUAGAGAUGAACGUGCAUCACAGGCAAGACUAAUGGUGGCUUGGAUGGAAAAGAAUCCAUGACGGCGGUUCUUCAGAUGUUCAAAGCCUAAGUGAAGUAUCAGCUCCUUAAGUGAUCGCCUUCACUGUUUCCGCAAUCCGUCGCCGUUGUCACGGUUCCUCAACUUCGUCGUCCUUGCUGCUACUCAUUGUCGCCGUUGUUAACUGAAAAAAAAUUCUUUUUGUUUCUAGGAAUCAAAAUUAAAAAUGAAAACGAAGAUCACCAUAACCGCCGCUGCAAUUACUUCCGUUAUUUUGUGGUUAUCUGUCGUAGCUCAUUCCGUCGCCGAUCAAAGCUUUAACCUCCGCCAGCACCUCUCUACUGUAUCAACAUACGGUGCCGUUAAAGACGUGGUUACUAAUUCGGUAGAGGAGUCUAAUUUGGCUGAGGGAUGUGUUCCUAUACAUUUAAAUCUUGUGGCAAGGCAUGGGACUCGUUCUCCUACCAAAAAACGGAUAAAGGAGUUAGACCAGUUGGCAUCUCAUUUGGAAGAACUUAUAAGAGAUGCCGAAGAUCAUCAGCUGUCUUUGCCGAAACUUCCUGCCUGGUUAAGGGGUUGGCAAUCUCCUUGGAAGGGGAAGUUGAAAGGUGGAGAGUUGAUUAGCAAGGGAGAAAAAGAAUUAUAUGAUCUUGGAAUCAGGACAAGAGAAAGAUUUCCAAAUUUGUUCAAACAAGAAUAUCACCCUGAUGUAUAUCCAAUAAAGGCGACUCAGGUUGCUCGAGCGUCAGCUAGUGCUGUUGCAUUUGGAAUUGGGCUCUUUAGUGAUAAGGGAAGUCUUGGACCAGGCAAUCAUCGAGCUUUUUCUGUUAUCAGCGAAAGCCGUGCAAGUGACAUAAUGCUUAGGUUUCAUGAUUGCUGUGAGAACUAUAAGGCUUUUAGGAAAAGCCAAGAGCCAGCUGUUGAUAAGCUUAAAGAACCUAUCUUAGAUGAAAUAACCGCUGCCUUGGUGAGCCGUUAUGGACUUAGUUUUACAAGGAAGGAUACUUCUUCUCUCUGGUUUCUUUGCAAACAGGAGGCAUCCCUCUUAAAUAUGACAAAUCAAGCUUGUAGCCUUUUCAAUUCUUCCGAGGUUGCUUUGCUGGGGUGGACAGAUGACUUGGAGGUGUUCUUAUUAAAGGGUUAUGGUAAAUCAAUAAACUAUCAUAUGGGAGUGCCGCUGCUUAAAGAUGUGUUUCAUUCUAUGGAGCAAGCUAUUAAGGCACAUGAGGAAAAACAUGCUCCCGGAAGUUAUGAAAAGGCAAGACUACGGUUUGCUCAUGCAGAGACUCUAAUUCCUUUUUCAUGUCUGCUAGGCCUAUUCCUUGAUGAAUCUGAAUUCCAAAAAAUACAGAGGGAUCAACCUUUGGAGCUUCCUCCGAGGCCGCCUCAUAAUAGAAAUUGGUGGGGCAGCAUCGUGGCGCCGUUUGCUGGGAACAACAUGCUGGUCUUGCAUAGUUGUCCAGCUGAUUCUUCAAGCAAGUAUCUUGUCCAAGUACUCCAUAAUGAACAUCCAAUUCCAAUGCCGGGUUGCAAUAAUUCUGAAUUCUGUCCAUUUGAAGUGUUCAAGGAAAAGAUAGUUGCUCCUCACAUUAAGCACGAGUUUUAUGCACUAUGUGACAGUAACUCGGAGAAAGUAGAGAAGAAGCCUGAAACUAGUAAGUUAUCGCAACUGUUUCAUUGGCUCUUCUCGCUGGGGAGAGACGAUACACAGCCCUCCAAAAAUGAAUUAUAGUUUGGUAUUCAAGAAACGCAGACAGACCCAUUCCGACUAGCUAUUUUUCCUUGGCGGCGCCUCAUUAUGUCUACGAUUUUCAGCCAAAGCCAGCUCAUCCCUUUAGCAGAGUUCGCCGGAUUUUUUGUGCUCCGAAUUCUUACAAUGCUCCUUGGAUUUUGAAGACUCCGCUCCCUGUUCUGAUCUUGUUUACAGUGCUGUUAGAACUUGGAAUUGAACCACUAAUGCGCUUUCAUUAAAGCUUCCAAUUGCUAACUCUUGUUCAAAUAACAAGUUUUUGAACAUUCCGACUUUAAAUAUCGAUUAAUCUCAACUUUGAACUUGUCUGUGA